AUGUUUAACUCUUGGAUUGGUAAAUUGCACUAUAAGCCCGUGCUUGAUCUCCUUGAUGCAAUUAAGGAAAAGAUUAUGAAACGGUUUGAUAAGAAAAGAAAUUUGGUGAAUACAUGGAAUGUCACUUUGGUUCCUAUUGCUAAAAACCAUCUCAAUGACAUCACUAAGGGCCGGCCAUGUGUACAUGCAGCGGAUUUUAUUGCUUAUAUAAGGGAUGCUAACUGGGACAAAUAUGUUGAUCCAUAUUUCACUAUAGAGAACUUUAAAGUCGCAUAUGCUUUUCAAAUUGAUCCGAUGCCCGGACAGGAUCAAUGGGCGCAAAAGAAUGGACAGAAAAUAUAUCCACCUAUUAUCAAACGCCCACCUGGACGACCAAGAAAAAAUAUAAUAAAAUCAUCGGAUGAGUCUAAAAGAAGACACAAGUGUCCGCGAUUUGGAGAUUAUGGACACCGUGAAAGGACAUGUCAAAAUCCAGCAUCUCAAAGUUUCGAUCAAAGUGAAACAUCCACAUCUAAAAGGUCACGCGGAAAGGAUACAAAAUCGCAUGGUGGUUCGGGAGUUUCGGGUUCUACAUGA